ACCCUAUUAGCAACCUCCUAUCAAAACAUAAAGGCAAAGUUUAAUUCCCAGAACAUCACAUAGUCUAUACUCCCUAUACUCCUCUUCAUACACUCCUGGCUAUACUAAUGCAAGAAACCUAUAGUUACUGUGUAGCUAACUAUAACUCAGCAAACUGAUUCUGUUUUAUUGUCAGAGAAAUAAUUAUGAAUGUGCUAUAUUUUGCUAUUCUACUGUCUGCUUUGACAUCAUGGAGUUAUGCUGUGGAAACUCAAGAUGUGAUUUCGAGGACUACAGGCAAUUCUUUUGUCGUUGCUUUCUCAAGGAAUGGCUUUCCUCUUGCCGAUCUUGAUAUAAAUGAAGAUCUAAAUCUAUCUUUAUUCAUCACGACCACUGAAUCGAGUCCUGUUAGUUUCAGCGUUACUGGAAACGGAUUCAAUUUUGAUGGCAUUGUGUCAUCAAAUGUAUCGACUCAAGUUAGUAUCCCGCGUAGGUUCGAAGUUCUAUUUCCUAACAAUACGGAACAUGGUCUGCUAGUCCAAGCUGAAGGAAAUAAUACAAUCAAUGUUCUUGGAAUUUCUUAUCACGAAGUUACUGCUGAUGCUUACUUGGCCCUUCCUGGUGAGGUAAUGCCAGUAGAUUUGUAUGAGUACUAUGCAAUCUCGUACCCUGUUCAAGUCCUUCAAACAGUCCAACCCCCCAGCUUUAUUCUACUGGUAGCCGCUGAAGAUGACACUUUUGUCAGAACACCUUCGUUGAAUAUAACACUCAACAGACUAGAAACGUAUCAAAUACUCAGUUUAAACGACCUGACAGGAACGAGGAUAAUUAGUUCCAAACCUAUCUCAGUUCUUAGCGGUAAUGAUUGCGCUGUUGUACCUGUUGAUAAUAUUACCGAAACAUGCAACCAUCUAAUCGAGGAAAUACCACCGACCGUAACUUGGGGCACACAAUUUCUUGUUUCGUCGUUUUUAAGCCGUCUAUCUGGUGAUUUUAUUCGUGUUAUGAGUGUCCGUGAAUCAGUAGUGAAUGUCACCUGUGUACCUAGUACUCCUCCUAUAUCCCAGUUUGUAUUAGACGGUGGUGGAAGUUUCGCUGAAUUUGAAAUUCUUCCAGGCAGCUUUUGCAGUUUUGCAGCAUCUUCUCCAGUGCUUGUAACUCAGUACGCAUUGCAUAAUUCCAUUGAUGGAGUUGGUGAUUCGUCUAUGAUGAUAAUACCGUCAGUUGAACAGUACACAAAUAACUUUGUUUUCGAAUCUUUUUCGAAUUUUUCAUCCAAUUUCAUCAACAUGUAUGUUACGUCUGAGUUUUAUCAGCCUGAGCAAAUUUUCAUCGAUGGCUCUUCCGUCGCUGAUUGGACGCAGGUGGCCUGUCCUAAUGACAAUACAGUUUGUGGCUAUAUAUCAAGAAUGAAUGUGAAUGCUGGAACACAUUCUCUCUACCACCAAAACAGUUCUGCACGUUUGGGACUGUCAGUGUAUGGAUUUGCACACCAUAAUGCUUAUGCUUACCCUGGAGGUAUGAGACUGUCCCCCAUACAGUGUGACUGUGAACCUGGGAUAUUUUGCUUGAAUAAUAACGGACAAUUUGACUGUGGCUGUGCAGAGGGUUUCCAAGGCAAUGGAUUGAAUUGUACAGAUGUGACUCCAAAUAUAUCCUUGCUACUGGACAAUGUGCUGAGUCAGCACGGUGUGAGAGAGUUGGAGAGUGGUAUAUACAGUGUUGGAUACGGGCAUACGUUUGGUGUGACCUGCCAGACUAACAACUUUGCUAGAGCGGAGUGGAGACUACGGAGAGACAUGAGCUUAGUUGAGGAGGAGAGAACAAUUGAAACGGGAAACAGCUCUGGACUGUUGUACACUUAUCGCGAGUCCGAAUCAAGGGUGGUGCUUCGAACUGCAAUCUUUAACACUUUUACAGUUUCCCUAAAUUUUGGACUACAAGAUCCUGAGAUAGGAGCUCAUCAUCGCUACAUUUGUGUGGCUAACAAUUCUGGUCUUACUGAGAGUCGCAGUGUGGAGAUAGUUCCAACAGUGUGGUCCAAUAGCGAGCCAAGUUAUGUCAGGUUCACCUUUGACCCCAGUACAACCUCAGUCUUCUUGUUUGCUGGUAUUUUCAGCUAUAAAAUUGUAGAUGUUUUAGUUGUCAACAAUUCUGAAUAUAACGAAACACCAACAGUGCAGUGUCAGCUAUUGUCAGCCCAACUUAGAAGAGAAGUUGAUGUUACCAAUGGCAACAAGAGAUGGGAUUGCGUUGUAGGUCUACCAGCGAGUCAAAGUUUAGACCUCUCUGUGAUUGCCCCAGCCCUUCUCGAGUUUAAUAUAAUAGCAGAGAGCAGCAUCAAUAUUUCUGCGGUAGGAUUCUGUGACUACGAGCUUAAUGCUGACUCAGCACACGGCAUUUACAACUGGAGCGAAACUGAAGUAGGAGACGUAGUCAAUCUAUCGUGUUUCUAUGAUAAUCAGGAUGAAACCACCAAUAGCAACACUGCCGGAGUGUCUAGAUUAUGCCUUGGGCAUCGAAACUGGUCGGAAAUUGACAUUGGGGAAUGUAUUUCAUUUGUUGUUUUUGGAUUUCAACAAGUUAGCAUUGCGGCCUCCACAGUCACAGAGGACAAUGCAGGUCUGAUCAUACCAGAGCUAGCCAGACUAACUGUAGCCGCUGUAGACACGACCGACCAAUCAGAAGGCAAUCUGGGUGUCAUAGCAACCGUAUUCGAGAGCACGGCAGAACUGGUGGAGGGAGGGAGAGGAAACUUUUCACUGAAUGAGAAUAUAAUCACUAAUAUAACUACAAUCGUCAGUACAAUCUCCGAGUGGCCGUCCGAUCGGAUUAGAGAUGAAUCGUCUGGGGUGGUCCUCUCAUACGACAGACUGGCAGAAAGUCUUGUCACACAAGAGAGCUUCUUCAAUAUUACAAUCAUUACUCCGAAUGUGAUCUUUAGUGGACUGCAGACACUGGCUGUGAGUUUGUCCCAAGAUGGCUACAACUUCAAUCUCUACAGCAUUCUAGGAGAAGGGGACCUCUUUGCUGACAACCUCACACCACAGCAAGCUCAACAGAUAUCCGUAUUUUUACCUGGAGAAGUAUUCAGCAACUUUGUCUUCGGCACGGCUACUGGCCUGGCAUUCACCGUGUACCCGAACUCUGCCCUUUUCCCAUUAGACGAAAACUUACAAAACAGCAGUGUUGUUGUUGGAACCCCAGUACUAGGUGUGAUUGUGAGCGGGGCUGCGGAGGUUAUAAAUCUACAGGAACCAGUUGUGAUCACGCUGCCCAUCACUGUGGAUAGUAAUGAGACAUUCACAGAGAGCAACUUCCCUCGAUGUGUGUUUUGGAACUUCACUGCAGGUCCCCUUGGUAACUGGAGCGACUCUGGCUGUCGACUGAGAAGCUUUGACACCCCCAACCAAACUGUGACUUGUGAAUGUGAUCAUCUUACUAACUUUGCCAUUCUCCUGGACAUAGAGGCACGACUUAGCUCCCCAGAGUUCAGUCUGCCAUUGGAAGUUAUCUCUUAUAUAGGAUCUGUCCUCUCCAUCACUGGGCUAUUACUCACACUCCUCACACUACUGGGAUCAGUGAAACUACGAUCACUGGAUGCCACAAAGUUCCAAGUCCAGUUCUGCAUCUCACUGCUCUGUAUGCUAGUGGUGUAUCUGAUUGGAGUGACUAGGAACGAGAACGAGAUUGUGUGCACACUCAUGUCUGCCUUGCUGCAAUACUUCGUGCUCUCUAGUAUGUUGUGGAUGGUGGCACAAGGUGUGCUCAUGUUCAGGAAACUGGUUCUUGUGUUUGGGAUCAUCUCAAAGAAGUUCCUUGUCAUUGUUUCUCUCCUGUGCUGGUUACUGCCACUGCUGUGUGUGGGAGCGGCUCUCAGUACCAUAGCAACUGGCACCAACACAAUCAUCUUUAGGAAUGAGAAUGAGGACAUAACAAUAUGUUCCAUCAGUGACCUUUAUGUUCUUCUGGGUACACUACUAGUUCCCGUGAUUCUAAUGCUACUCAUCAAUGCGUUCGUAUUUGUUGCUGUACUGAUUGUCCUCAUCCGAAAGAUAAUAACAGACAAAGAAAGAAAUGGAGCCAAUUUUAAACUUGUUCUCGGGAUUUUCAGUAUUAGCAUUGUUCUUGGCUUAGCUUGGAUAUUCAGUGCUUUUAUAAUUAACGACGCUGCCGUCUAUUUCAGAUAUUUGUUUGUCAUUUGCAACACUUUUCAAGGUUUCAUUUUCUUUAUUUUUAUUGUGAUCAUUGGUACAGAAGGAAGAGGAUUCUGGACAAGUUUGUGUAGACGAAACAUCAAGAGAGUCAAAAAUAGUUUCCGCACUAACAGUACAAGUUUGGAAUCUUCACUGAAGAUGUUUUCGAAUCAAUUCCAGAGUGAGCACAAGAAAUCUGAUUUAGUGAAUGGAGUGACGACAGAAGAAUGGAGUGGAGCCGUAGCGUCUGGUAAUAGUCGGAUAAUGAAUGUGGUGCCGUGUGGAAUUGAAAAUGAAGGAUUUGAGAUGAAGAAUGAGGGGACAUGACAGGACAUUGACGAGACCAUAUAAAAAUCUUAUAGUGUGUUACUACUGUAUCUGUUUUGUUAUGAGCUGCCUCAAUUCACAAUAAAAAACUCAGCGUUUAUUAAAA